AUGGGUCUCCUAUCAAUUGCUAAAUCUGCUCUGCUUCUGGCUACUGUGGCCAAUGCCGCCAACUAUACGGAGUGGCUGGCGCAGUCCUAUUUCAGCAAGGGUGUCACUUUCUCCCGGAACUACGCCUACGCUGUGCUCUAUACGGGUGUCGAGUACGCAUAUAACAAAACCGGCAAUGAGGCCUACUUCAAUUACAUCAAGACUCAACUCGAUGGUGUUCUUAACGACGACGGCUCAUUCGUCGAUCCUAUUACAGACACACUCUCGCUUGACGACAUCCGCAUUGGUCGCAACUUUCUAUACCUGUGGACUGUCACUGGCGACGAGAAGUAUAAGAUCGCCGCAGACGGACUCCGCAAGCAGCUCGAUUUCACGCCGCGCAAUCAGGAUGGCGGCUUCUGGCACCGAAAGCCUACUUACCCCAACCAGAUGUGGUUGGAUGGAAUCUACAUGGCGUCCAACUACUACGCACAGUACACCAGCUGGUUCCAGCCGGAUAACAAGACUGCCUGGGACGAUAUCAUCCUCCAGUAUGACUUGAUCGAGGAACAUACCCGGGAUAACAAAACUGGCCUACUCUUCCACGGGUACGAUGCGAGUGGUGUCGCCGUUUGGGCUGACCCCGUCACCGGCGCGGCACCGCACAUCUGGGACCGCGCGGUAGGGUGGUACUUUGUCUCUCUCGUUGAGGUCCUAGAAUACUUCCCGAAAACGCACUCCGGCUAUAAGCGUACGCUUCAGCGCUUCCAGAGCCUCGCAAAGGCCAUUAAGAAAAGCCAGGACGCAUCUGGCGGCUGGUGGCUUAUCAUGGACCCGGCGUAUACCAGCGAUCCCAGGAACUACAUCGAGAGCAGCGCUUCCGCUAUGUUCACUUAUGCGUUACUGCGCGGUAUCAGGAAUGGAUUCAUCUCCGCUAGUGAGUAUAGUGAAGUUGCACAGAGUGGUUACUCCCUUCUGAAGAACGAGUUCCUCUCGCACAAUGCGAAUGGAACACUCAAUUGGGAGGGAACCGUGGAGGUGGGAAGCUUGAGUUCGAAUGGGUCGUUUGAGUAUUACGUCUCUGUUCCGCUGGCGCAGAAUGAUUACAAGGGUGCUGGACCUUUCAUCUAUGCAAGCUACGAGCUGGAGGCGUACUGA